UGACCAAACAAAAGAACAAGACUAUACUGUGGCUAGUCAGCCAUUGUAGAACGCAGUCUAAGCGGGAAGAUUACGUCGCAGAAAUGAAGAAAUACGUCGACGUGGAUGUCUUUGGACGAUGCAGCAACAUCAGCCUAUGUCGACAGCCAAGUGCAAGCGCCGACUGCCUCACCAAGGAAUUCAACAAAUACAAAUUUUAUCUUUCUUUCGAGAACUCCAUUUGUAAGGAUUACGUUACAGAAAAACUGUUUCGUGUAUUUUUACCAAACAUCAACGUCGUCCCAGUCGUGAGAGGUGGGGCAGAUUAUGCGAGAAACAUUCCGGAGGAUACUUUUAUCGAUGCGAGUAACUUUGAAACAGCUAAAGAUUUGGCUUUGUAUUUGAAGAGUUUAAGCGCUGAUGACUUGAGGUACAGCGAGGUUCUGAGAGCUAAAGAUCAGUACAGACUUGCGAGGACACCAAAUGUUUACUGCACCGUUUGUAACAAGCUGAGAAACGCGAGUCUCAAGCCUAAAGUCUACGAUAUCAAUGGUUGGCUUGUGGAGCAAUGCCGAGAUCCUAAAACAUUUAAUUGAGCUUGUUUUAAUUUGAGAUUGUGAGAAAUUCGGAAAUUAAAUUAUUUGAUACACAAGUCAUUGUUAUCUAAAACAUUUAAUUGAGAUUGUUUUCGUUGAGAUAUUCGGAAAUAAAA